GAAUCAACGAUGUGCUUGAUAGAUCACAGGUUGCGUGUUUUAAGACGUUAACCUAAGACCAAACUGCUCUCGACCGCCUUGUGUCGAGUGUUUGUCGUGUUCGGCUUCGUAGGUCGGUGUGCGGAAGGAUCGGACACUAGGGGUCACUCCAGUGGAGCGAGUUUGUCUCUUUUGAAGUGCGCGACGGGCUCCAUUCAGCCAGACCUGCGCGUUUGAGGAACAUCACAGAAACUUUAGUGGAAAGUCGUUUCGGAGAACCUCGGGCUCGCAGCGUUUGUCCUCGGAGCGAGGGGCUUAACCGUGCAGAGGAUUCCGAGAAGCAUGGAUGAUCUAGGUAACGCUCUUCUCCUCCUCCGUCUCCGCACCUUGUGUCUUUUCUACGCGUUACUGGCGGACCUGGAGUCCUCCACCGCUCAUAUCUCCAAGUGUCCAGUGUUCCUGCCAGAGGAGACGCCCUACUCUCUCCCCAGCGGCGGCAGCCUUCUCCAAGAUGACUCUGCUCCUCCUCCCCUACCUCCUCCUCCCUCUUCUGAGGCUCUGAACGGAUCACUCCAAAACCGACCCGAUUCUCACCACUCCUCACUGCAGUCUCUUGGUUCAGCCCAAAAAAGUACAUUGUCUCGGGAUAGCAGUAGCCCUCCGCUAUCACACACUGAAGAGGACCACGUCUACAGUUUCCCCAACAAGCAGAAGCCGUCAGACUCCUCUGCAGCAUCCAUGAGCUCUGCACUGGGUAGCAACCUGUCUGAGCUGGACCGCCUGCUAUUGGAACUCAAUGCUGUCCAGCAGAAUACACCUUCCUUCCCCACCACGGAGGAUGCUGCCCCUCCUCUUCCUCCCUGCAGUUCUGCACACUAUAUCCAGGAAAAUGGAGCUCACCCAGGCAUUACACUGACUCCUGCUGCCAAGGAAAAGCCUCAGAGAAAUGGAAAGAAAGUGCCAGAAGAGGGUCGCCCUACAGUGGAGAGCUUACUGAAUGAACUGGAGAGCUCCAUACCCACGCCAACGCCUACCCCCUCUUGCCUCCAGGCAGAGGGGCGCUUGGACGCACCAUCUGAGCAGCAGGGUCGAAUGUCGGCCACCUCAGCCACACGAGAGCUGGAUGAGCUCAUGGCCUGCCUGUCUGAUUUCAAGGUGCAGAGCAAUCCAAGUUCUCUGGGCUCACUGAAUUCUGAGCCUCUGUUUGAUCAGUCUACCAACUUCUCUACUGUUGCGGAAAUUCAUUCUCCUCCUGCCACAGUAGCCCCAGUUGCAGCUUCCCUGACCACCAGUCUCCCUUCUAAACCAGCUAGCUACUUCCCACUGCCCUCUGCUCCAGCAUCCUUAGAGCUACACAUAGUGGAAGAUUCUAAUGAAACAGGACCUACAAUACCGUCCAGUGACCCAAAAUCUACCCCAUCAUCCCUUCUCUCUGCCCCUUCUGUUUUUGGCCAUCCCAGCCCUCGGUACACCCCUGUGGCAAAACCAGGCCCUGACUCUGUUAUUGAUGUUUCUGCCUCCAUGCUGAGCGCUGAGCUGGAUUCGCUUGUUGUUCUGUCCCAGACCAUCACGACCACUACUACAAAUGUGUCUGUAGUCAGUCCUGGCAAUCUAGAGCUUAGCCCUAAUAAGCCUGAGAGCCCCUCUCUCAAUGCAAGGAUGAAGCCAGCUUCUCCUAUUGCUUCUGUGCCUAUUGUUAAAUCUCCCAGUCCAACAAGUGUACCUGCUGCUACAAAGAGCCCAAACAGAGAGAGUCCUCUGAUUGCUCAAAUGUCUAAUGGUCUCUUUCAUGUACCCACUCCUGAGCUCAAACCUGCUUCUCCAUCUCCCAUCGCUGUACCCGUCAUGCAAUCACCUCCCAAGCCUGACUCUCCUCAAGAUACUACACCUCCGAAAUGCAUCUCUCCCCUCUCAGAGCCCAAGACAUCCAGCCCCAAACCACCAGCAGAGAAGCCGGAGUCGAUCUUUGUUACACCACGACCACUUGCUCCAACAAGGCUUGAGUCUCCAGCUCAGGAACCUUCUCUGGAUGAUGCUUUGGACAAUCUCCUGGCCAUGAGCUUCAGCAAGCCUGGGUCUGAGGAUCCUCCCAAACUGAUCCAAGCAGCACGACCAGAGAUUUUUGAGGAGCCUCUUAUGGCAGCGGAUCGCAGAGUGAUGCAGCCAGACACACACACAGAAAGUGAGGUUGGAGACGGCCUUCUUGAGGAUCAAUCAGAUUGUAGGAGUGAUAUGCUUGACUGGGCUGACAUGGAGCUGAAGCUGCCUUAUGACGGAGCAGAUGGUUCCAUGACCCCCAUGACAGAGGCCAGCUGGAUGGAUGAAUCUCUUACCCCCUCCUCCUGCCCUGGAACCCCUGAUGCCCAGAUAGAUUUGCCCAUGCUACAGCAUACAAGCCCUAUGGACCGGAUUUCAGCCUCUGGACAUAUCAAGUCUGUGAUUAGACGCACCAAGGAAACCCCCAACGUCCACCCCAUGUACCGGGACGGCUUUAUUCGUAGGAAGAUGGGUCCGAUCAUCUUCCAUAAGAGCAGCUCCCAGGACCGUCUCAUUGAGGAGCUGCAAGGAAAGCUAGGAAUCGCUCGCAAGGAGCGUCCCAAAAAACAGCCUGAUGACUGGCUGACCGAGGGGGUCAUUGUCAUGUCAAACCCCAAACGUUCUCGAGAAGACCACAACAGGGAGGUUGACAAGAUUAUUAUUCCCCCUGAGUCUCCUCUCCCUCAGAGGAAGGUGAUCCAGCCUCCUCAGUCUCCCUCAGUUCCUCGCCCCCCUCCCCCUGCAGAGGAGCCAAAGCGUGCCCCUCUGGUAAAAGCAGCUCCGCUUCCAGCUCCGCUUCCACCUCCCCCUCCUCCAGCCCCUUCUCCACCACCCAGGGAGCCCACACCUCCUCCCCAGCCCCCUGUAGAACCUCAGCUUCCUCCGGCUCCAGUCAAGCCCCCAACACCGGAGCCUGUACAGCUCCCCCCACCAGCCCCUAAGCCUAUGCCUGCUCCCACACCACCUCCUGUUCAGCCUCCUCCACCUGCCCCUGUUGCCCCCCCAUCUCCCCCCAAAGUGCUGGUGUCAGUGGGAUGCCAGACGGAAUACAACCCCCUCUUCCCUCCAAUGCAGAUCAUGGCCCAGGGUAAGGGUCCACAGACUCAGGUUAAUAAACUGGACAACAUGCUGGGCAGCCUGCAGUCUGACCUUCACAAGCUGGGGGUACAGACUGUGGCCAAGGGAGUGUGUGGGGCUUGUUGCAAACCGAUUGUUGGCCAGGUGGUAACAGCCAUGGGCCGCACAUGGCACCCAGAGCAUUUUGUAUGCACGCACUGCCAGGAUGAGAUUGGUUCUAGAAACUUCUUUGAGCGGGACGGUCAGCCUUACUGUGAGAGGGACUACCAUCACCUCUUCUCUCCUCGCUGCUUCUACUGCAACGGCCCCAUUCUGGAUAAAGUAGUGACGGCCCUGGAUAGGACAUGGCAUCCUGAACAUUUCUUCUGUGCUCAGUGUGGCGCCUUCUUUGGUCCUGAGGGUUUUCAUGAGAAGGAUGGGAAGGCAUACUGUCGUAAAGAUUACUUUGACCUGUUUGCUCCCAAGUGUGGGGGCUGUGCCCGCGCCAUCCUGGAGAACUACAUUUCUGCCCUGAACAGCCUCUGGCAUCCUGAGUGCUUUGUCUGCAGGGAGUGUUUCACGCCCUUCAUCAAUGGCAGUUUCUUCGAGCAUGAUGACCAGCCGUACUGCGAGGUGCACUACCACGAGAGGCGCGGCUCACUCUGCUCCGGCUGCCAGAAGCCCAUCACGGGCCGCUGCAUCACGGCCAUGGGCAAGAAGUUCCACCCCGAGCAUUUUGUCUGUGCCUUCUGCCUCAAGCAGCUCAACAAGGGCACCUUCAAGGAGCAGAACGACAAGCCUUACUGCCAUGGUUGCUUUGUCAAACUCUUCAGCUAGACUGAUUUGAGAGUCUGUGUGUGUGUGUGUGUGUCUGUCUCUGUCUGUCUCUGUCUGUCUGUCUCUGUCUGUCUGUCUCUGUCUGUCUGUCGGUCUGUCUGUCGGUCUGUCUCUGUCUGAAUAGUGGGUAAGCAGCAAAUGUUGAGGCGUUUUGUUGAGUAGCACUCAAGUGCGUCACCUAUGGUGUGUGUGUGUGUGUGU